GUAAGUCUAAAGAUAAACACCAGAAGGGCAUUUAUUCCAAAAGAUUUUCAUCCGACAAUUGAGUAGUCGAGAAAUUAACAAGCAUCUAUGACAUGACGGAAGACAUAUCUAAUGUCUAAUUAAGCUGUGUGUUCUCACGACAGAAUUAUCCGGUCUUCAGGAAUGUUAUUUAUUAGAUGUAGUUAAAAAAAACAUAUCACUUAGCGCAAUAUAAGGGUGCUGAAGACAAAAUUGAGAAAUGUUCAUUUGAUUUUGUGCAGAUGCUAUAAGGAUAACUUCGCCGACUUACAGUCUACUAGCAGCGAUAUCUACCCUGUGCUGAACAAAUUGGAAAUAACUAAUUAUAAAUUUUGUGCGUGCGGAGGUUUUAAGAAAAUGUAAAAUCCAUAGAAGGAUUGCCGGACUCGGAUUGACAUCAAGCACAAACACAAAUAACAAAAAGUACAGAUUUAAGAGUACUCGCAGUUUAUGUGUGAACUAUUUUUCAAAGCCUUAUUUCAUCUAUACUGAAAAUAUCAUGUUUUCCAGACAAAGUUAAUGACUUUAAGAAAACAAUGAAACCAACAUAUUUUCUUGGACUAUUUUUAUUAGCGAUAUUGAUAACACCAAUCCGUGCUCCUCUUCCUGCACUAUUACCGCUCGUUGCAAUGUUUGGAGCUGGGUCUUUACUUGGACCAAAGCUGAUGGGAGGAGGAGGUUUUUUCGGAGGAGGAGGCAGUGACCAAAAAACAACUUACAUUCACCUCCCCCAGUCAUCAUCAUCUAGUAGUAGCUAUGACAGUUAUGGUGGAUAUCCUGCAUACGGUGGAAUGCCAAGUUAUGGCAUGGGCAUGGGAGGAGGAAUGAUGGGUGGCAUGGGUGGUAUGCCAAGCUAUGGUGGAAUGGGAGGAGGAAUGCAAGGAGGAAUGGGUGGAGGUAGUUACAUGUCACAGGGAGGAGGUAGUAUGGGAGGAGGAUUCGGAGGUGGACAAUAUGAUUUCGCCGGAAGACGCAGAAGGAGGUCUUUAAGACAAAGACGAUCGGCAAAUAUGUUUAGACCAUUGGUUUAAGUUGAUCGCAGACGAUGAAACAAUUGACUAACAAGAUCGCAGAAAUCUAGUAAUUAAUAAUAAAAAUGUAAAGGCUUUAACUGUUGUACAGUGAAUGCGACUUCUUCGGAAAUACGCUGAUUAUGAAACUUAUGGUAUAUCUUACUGACGUAGCUUUCCCAAGCCGGUUUGGGAAGAGGUUUGUCUUACUACACAAAGAUAAAGUGCUUGUAGUAAGACGAUGAGGGCAGAUAUCGAAACUAUCGAACGGGUACACACAGAAUUAUUUUUACUUGUAAAUAAAUAUACGUUUUUUA